AUGGCCAAGAAGGGAGGAAAAAAGAAGAACAAGGGUGGUGCAAAGCCCGCCGCCACCACCGCCGCCGACAAGGUCGCUGGACCAGACCAGGAUGUCGCAACACCUCAAGAGGAAGUUGAGCAAGGCUCCGCUGCCGCUGCCGCUGCCGAUUCGCAACCCCAGAUCACCAGCGAGACUGGCGCGCCCGUCGUUGCAGAGCAAGCUGGCGCAACCGCAACCGCAGCCUCUGUCGAGACCACUACUCUGCCCACCGCGACUGAGCCUGAGACAAAGGAGGCCGAGAAGGUUGAGGAACCUCCCAAGCAGACAGAAAUGGUGGCCGCGCCGUCGGCAGUAGAGAGCACUGCUCAGGAUGUCACGGAAAAGACUCAGGCUCCCCUUGCUGCCGAGACGGGCGAGACGGGCGAGUCGCGUGACCUCUUGGAUGAGGCCGAUGACAAAGUGGUUCUCCCUACGACAGCCACCACGACUUCCCCCGUCGCAUCCGAACCAUAUCCCUCCACUUCCGAGAUCGCCGCCGAAGAGCCUGCUAUCUCGUCAGUCCCCGACACCGGGGUCGUUGCGCCCAUCUCCACGCUACCGGAGCGUCCCAAGGCUACCGAAGAGCACAGUGAGCUCGCUGCAUCUGCGGUGCAGCCUAUUGCAACCACUGCUUCCGUAACUGCACCGGUCGAGGGACCCAUUGCGCCCACCGUCGAGCCCCUUGCACCAGUCAGCAAUACUCCUGCACCCGUCGCCGAGGCUUCAAAGUCCGCUGUCGAACCCGUCGCACCGGUUGCACCCGAUACUGAGACAUCUGCGCCUGCGGUCACAGAGACCGCUGCGCCUGUCUCUGCCGCCCCUGUCAGUGAGGCUCUGACCGAGUCCACAGCUGCUCCCGGAGAGUCAACCACGGCCUCAUCUGUCCCUGUCGAAAGCGAUGUCGCCCAUACGAAGCGUCCCUAUGAGAAGCCAAUUUUCUCCAAUGACGAGGUCAAGCCCUACAAGAUGCCCAAGACCGAAGAGGAGCAGCCCGCCCCUGUGGUGAGCACCGGACCCUCGGCCCUGACAAGCGCUGGGCCAGCAGCGACCGUCGCAGAGACCACUUGCGAGCCCUUGUCCACGAGAGAGGUCAAGCCUCUCGAAGACAAGAAGGUUAUAGAGCAGACGCCCGUCGGACCCGCUCCAGCUGCUUCCAAGCCUGCAGAUGUGGCGACAGGCGCAACCUCGCAGAGCAAGGUCACCCCGUCCUCUCCACAGGCGGUUGCUGCAGCCGCGGCCGCUUUCAACUCCUCCAAGACCGACAAGUCUGCCUCGACUGGUCCGAUCAACGUUGCAGGCACCGAGCCCAACAAGCCCGAGCCUGUUGCGGUUCGGGGUGAGGAACCUCAACCUCAGAUUGAAUUGCCCGCAGAGGCUUCAGCACCCCAGACAACGGCACAGCCAGACAACUUGAAGUCUGAAGAGGCCAAGACGGAGCCCUCGGAAGAUCAGCAGGCUGAGAAGAAGAAGGGGGGACUCUUUGCCAAGCUGAAGCGCAUGUUCAAGUGA